AUGUACGGGGAUUCUGUAGCACCCGCUCAAAGUCCCAGUCCCAAGCCUCAGUCGCACGAUGCGUCAUCCAACCGUCUUCUAGAGGCAAAGCUCCUCCAUCACUAUUACACUAGUACAAGCAACAGUGUCUGCAGCCCUGAAGAUUACCACCAGUGGCACAACGUAUUCCCCGAGGCAGCCACCGCCCAUGCCUAUGUCUUGGACAGCGUCCUGGCAUUCACGGCCUUGCAUCUUGCAUAUCUAGAGCCGAACAGCCGGCACACAUGGCUGGAAAUCGGCUCGCAUUACAAUAACAAGGCCUGCUCGGAGUUCCGGAAGGUUGUGGGCCAAGUCUCGACCUCCACCCUUUGGCCAGCCUUGGUAUGCUCGAUCUAUAUUGCCUUGUUUGCGAUCGCGCGCAUUGCGCUUGUGGGCGAUAAAAUACAAUCAAGCCAUCUGGCCGAUGUUCUUCAGACGAGGACGCUGCUGCAAGGCUGUCUCUUCUUUCAUCAUGCCAUGGAGAGCCUGAAUAUUCGUUCGGGUAUAAUGACGGAAUCACAACUCAGUCGGGACAGCCCUCGGCGGGAUGAUCAUCCUCUUCCCGUGGUCCCAGGGCCAACCAUCUGUCGAAUGGGUGCCUUGAUAUUGGAAAAGUUCCGAACAGAAAGUCAACCCCGAUUUGAGGUCUGCAGGACAGCAUGCCAAACUUUGAUCGAUGGCGUGGAUAGCAAAUAUACAAUCGAGACUCAGGGUCGAAAUGUAUUCCUAUGGCCGUUGUCUCUAGACGAUUCAUUCAUAGAGUUGCUUCAAGCGAAGGAAUUCCCGGCUCGUCUAGUGUUUUCGCUGUAUGCUCUGGGUCUGCACUUCUUUAAGGGAUUCUGGUAUAUUGGCGACGCGGGAUACCGACUGGGUAGGGAGCUACUGCCGUUGUCCGAGCCGGUGUCUGAGUACUGGGUUGACGUGACGGCGUCAAUAAGGGCGGAAUUUGAGAUUGAUCGGGCUGUUCAGUUCUAG